UGGCAUAACUGUGGGUGGGUAGCGCUCUGCCUUUUCCCCCAUUGGUAAGUUUUGGGGUCCGUUGUCUCCUUGGGCGCUGCUGAGGGGUCCUUGGAGCUGGGUAGCGGUGGCUGCCGUUAGGGGUUGGGAGAUGGAGUUUGGGCCUGAAGAUGACAAGGUUGAUGACGAUUUGGAUUUCACAUUCUCAAGGGUGAGAAUGAUGGCAAAGCCAAAAACUGAUAUAGGCCAUUCAUGCAAGGAUGCUCAACAUGGCCUAACGAUUUCCAAGAUGGAAGUCGGUUCUACCACCAGGGAUGGUCGUUUGGAAGUUGGGAAGGAGAAGCAAGGUUGUUUGGGCCUCUCCCUGGCCCAGGUGUUCAGACAUUCCUGGAGGCCCAUUAACCCGAAAUGGUUAUGGGUGCCCAGGUCCAACAUUCUCUCAGGUAAAGGAUACCAGGCAAGACCAGAAGAGGUUCGCCGGCUAGGGCAAAGGGCUAGACGUAUCAAGAGAGUUGAGACACCGACGCCAUUUGUGCGAUCCUUUUCUCAGGUGGUUAAAGAGGGAAGGAUGGCGUGGAGAAGAGAAUCAGGGGGAAAUAGCUGGAAGCGACCCCCAAAGGAUUGGAUGGAAGAGGAUGACUUACUGGAUUCGGAGUUCAGCAGGGAGGAAGACCUACGAUCCAAGCUCCAGAGGGCCCCAGGGGAACACACUGAGCAGGAUCAGCAAGAUAUGGGGCAUCAUCGUCAAGGAAGCUUUACAGGUAACAAAAUUCCUCGGAGGGGUGGUUUCUGGAGAGGGCGUGGGAAUUUUGUGCCAGCCAGGGGUGGCUUUGGGGGUUUUCGCUCUGUUGAUAGGAAUGAGACAGGGGGUAGGGGAAGCAAAAACCAAGAAAAUCGUGAUAGGGAACAAGGCUCUCAGCCAUGUUCAGAGAGGGGAAGACCUUCUGGUUUUGGAGUUGGCAUGCAGCAGGGCAGGGAUUCUAAAAUCCAGGAAGGUCUGGUCAAGGAGAUUAGAUGCUUCCGUUGCUCUCAAUCUGGACACCAUCAAGCUGACUGCCCGAAUGACCCUCUAUGCUACAAAUGUAAAGAGUCUGGGCAUAUGGCGGCGGAAUGCCAAAAUAACAAGAAACUUAGGUUGUUUGGAUUUGGAAUUCCGGAGCAGGGCUUCUUUGGUUUUGAUAUUCCUGAGAAAAAAGUGCAGGUGAAUAUGUUGAAUGCUGUUAUUCACAUUCUUGAGGGGGAACCCACAGAAGAGAAAUUGGACAGAGAGCUUAAAAAUCUGGUGCAAGCUAACUGGGAUUUCAGGGUUAGGAGGAUGGACAAACAUGAUUUUAGUGCCUCCUUUCCGGACAAAAGCUCGCUGGAAUCAUAUGCUAAACUGAGCAGUCUUGAGUUGCCUUUAUACAGUUACAGAGUUCAAGUUACCAAAGCCAACUCAGAUCUGAUGGCUUCAUCGGUGCUUCAGUGUGUUUGGAUCAAAAUUUACAACCUGCCGGACAUUGCGCGCGAGGAGGGGAUUAUAAGAGAAGUAGCAAGCCUAGUGGGUAAGCCAGUGGUGGUCGAUGAGCUAAGUAUUAUCAAGGAGGGACCAGUUAGAGUCAAAGUGGAUUGUCGGGACCCCUCUCGAAUUAAAGGUUUCAUUGAAGUCUUCUUCAACAAAGUGGGAUAUGAGCUGAAGAUUGUGGCUGAGGGAGUUCGUACUCGAUCUCCUUACUUGUCAGGGACGAGUGGAUCUGGAAAACAAGAUGAUAAAGAUCAAGAUAAAGACAGGAACAGACCUGGGAGGAAUGAUGAGAAAAAAGGGGGGAAAUUUGAGAGGAAAGGGAAGGAGUUAGAGAAAAAUCAAGAUUGUAGUUUUGGAGAAUCUCAGGAGGACAUGGAGGAAGAUGCUGGGGUGGAGGGGACACUGCAAGAGAUUUAUGAUGAGAUACCCAUUGCGGCGUUUCAUCCCACAAAAGGAUUCUUUUCAUCCGAUCUAAAAAAAGUUGAAGAUCACACUGAUACGGUGAACUCAUUUGAAGUCUUGAUGCUUAAUAAGGAAAUAGAACAAAAAAUCUUCUCUGAUAGUCAACUUUCUGAUGUGCUGGAUAAUGAAGGUUCGGUGGAUGAUCGGGCCAAGGUGGCUCCAGAGAAAUCUCAGAUUGAAAUGAUGAAACAGAGAGUGGAUGAUCAGACUUUCUGCUCAAACAAAGAGAUUAAUACAAUUACAAACAGUCGGGUCAACAGAAACAGUAUUGGGCUGGUUGGUAUGAAUCAUUUUGGGGGAAGAAUUAACCUUCAACUUGCUAACCAGGAGAAAAGGGAUCAGGAUUUGAAGCUCAUGCUCGAUGACUUUCCAACAGAGGACAAUGAGGAAGAUUGGCAUGGGAACAUAAUGGAGCAAGUUGAGCUUUAUCACACAGAAGAAGAUGGUGAACAGGAAUGGGAGAAGGCACUAAGCAAGAAAGGGAAGAAAAAAAGUAGAAGGAACUUUCCAGUGAUAGCUACAAGAGCCAGCUCGAGAAUUGCCAGAGAUGGAAUUCCCAUACUUGAGAAAACCACCAAAAGAGCUCGUGAGAAAAAUCAGCUACAAGGUACUUCACGUCCAAAUCCUUUUCUCAUUCUGAAUAAUGAAUCUAAUGAAAACCUGUCUACUGUUAUGAAAGAUAUAUGCAUUGUUCUAGAAAAUUAUGACAAUCAAAUAGAUUUGUUCAAAGCUGAAGAGCGGGUUAGAGCCACUAUAGCUGAAGCUAACUAUAACAAAUAUGUGGAUAAAAUUAACAGUAAAAAUGCCCCUCAAACUAAGGAGGACCUGCAAGAAUUAGCCAUGGAGGCUAUAACAAAUAAAGAGAGAUUGGAGGCUCCUUUAAUUUCCCAGGAAGGCCCAGAGGGGCUGAACCUGAGAAAAAUAAAAAGAAAGGGAGACCUGAGAAACAGUCUAAAAAAGGAUAAAUGAAAUUUCUUAGUUGGAAUAUUAGGGGAAUGGGUCAGUUAGGGAGAAUCAAUCAACUUAGGGAAUUUCUGACUCAAGAAAAAGUGGACAUAAUUGGGAUCCAAGAAACCAUUAAGCAAGAAUUUUCGGUUAGAGAGCUUAACUGGAUCUCCUCUAAUGGUUGUUUCCAAUGGAAUUGGAUUCCCGCGAGAGGUCAUUCUGGUGGUAUUUUACUAGGGGUCAAGGAAGACUCUCUCGAGGUGGAAAAUUGGGAAAACUUCAAUUUUGCUAUUAAGGCUACGGUCAGAAACAAAUUCAGCAAUUACCGUUGGGUGGUGUUGUGUGUUUACGGGCCUGCUCAGCACCACCAGUCUGCUAGUUUUCUGCAAGAGCUGUCGGAGAUAUGUGAAAGGGAGACCCUUCCUGUGGUGUUGGGGGUGAUUUUAAUUUAAUAAGGAAUAGGCAAGAGAAGAAUUCCCAUAAUAUCGAUCAGAGCCUCAUGAACAUGUUCAAUGAAUUUAUUAAUCUCUACAAGCUUCGAGAAAUUGCCAGGGGGGGCCCUCAGUAUACUUGGACUAAUAAUCAAGUUAAUCCGGUGCUAGUUAAGUUGGACAGGUUCCUUGUUUCUACUGAGUGGGAGGAGAGAUUCCCUCUUUGCUUUUCUAAAGGAUUAACUAGAGUGGGGUCUGAUCAUUGUCCUAUUGUGCUUGACUCUGGUGAGAAUAAUCCUAAUAAAUCUCAUUAUUUUUUCUUUGAGAAUAACUGGCUUCUCCAACAAGACUUUAGGGCUUUGAUUUCGCAAAAAUGGUCUGAUCUUAAGGAUCGUAGGCCUGAAGGUUCCUACUCGAUGGAUGGGUGGCAUGGGAGCAUGGUUUCUAUCAGAAGAUUCUUAAGAGGGUGGAACAGACAAAAAAGAGGUGAUCAAAAUAAGAUUAAACAAGAUCUGUUAUUAAAACUAAAAGGCUUGGAUGAUGGUUUGGUUAUGAAGGACAAUCUUCCCCAAAAUUGGAACGAAAGAUAUAGAGUUGAGAAAGAAUUAGAGCAUGUGUAUCAUAUGGAAGAAGUGUAUUGGCAACAACGGGCCGGAAAAAACUGGAUUCUCAAAGGUGACUCUAAUUCUAGUUUUUUCCACCUGUUUGCUAACGGUAGGAGGAGGAAA